UCGAACUAGUUCAUGUGUAUUUGUGAUGUCUAAUUUAUACUCAUUCACCGGCAUGAUGGAAGACUUCAGCAACAGCCAACAGCCCCCGACCACCCAGUCGGAAGGCCACAUCAAGAGACCGAUGAACGCCUUCAUGGUCUGGUCUCGCAUCCAGCGUCGCAAGAUCGCCCUCGAGAACCCCAAGAUGCACAACUCUGAAAUUUCCAAGCGGCUAGGGGCCGAGUGGAAGCUUCUCUCGGAGGUCGAUAAGCGGCCCUUCAUCGACGAGGCCAAGCGGCUCCGGGCCUUGCACAUGAAACAACAUCCGGAUUACAAGUACAGACCCAGGAGGAAGCCCAAGGGGCCGCUGCCCACGGCACUCAAAACAGGGGUUGGUUUUCCCAAUUUACAACUCCAGUAUUUCUCCCCAAUGGAGGCUUUGACCUCGCCGUAUCCUUACUUCAACCCGGCUUUUGAUAUGUCGAGGAUGGCUUCGGCGGAGAAAACCCAAAGCCACCACCAACCAGCUGUGGUUUCCUCGCUACAUUCCUCUCUGCAUUCGUCGCUGUAUUCGUCUUUAUAUCCCACCACGCCAAAGCCGUUUCAGCCCACCUCUAUGGGGAUGUUCCCCACUAUACCCACCUCACCCAUGAUGUAUUCGGCCUCCUCGAGUCCGGCAUCAAGUCCGGCUUCGGCAGAGCUAGAUAUCCGCAGGCCAGUACCAGUUAUGUAUUGAUUUGUUGAUUAUUUAUUGCUAUUGUAAAUUUGUAAAUACUGUUAGGUGCUGUAGUUCAUUCAUUGGAUUGGACUAUAAUUUUUCAUUUAUAUGUUCUGUGAUUGUAAAUUGCGACUGAUUUUUUGUAAAUAUAAAGUAAUCAAAAUUUUAAGCCUUUAUUUGCGGGGCCACCUUUAUCUUAUGAGAAAUAAAAAUUCUUCCUAAUAUUAGUGGACUUUCUAUUUCUCAUGUUUCUAAAUUAAAAGCUGCCGUAUUAUUGCUGUCGUCAAUAUUACAAAGUGAUUGUAUUCCUGUAGACUAAAUUUUAAUUUACCAAUUAGUGCAAAUGCAAAUGUUUGUUAUUUUUUAUUGUUUCAACUGUAUGCCACUGUAUAUAAGAAUAAAAUUAAUAUAAGAUA